GCAGGCAGGUGAGCGCAGCGCGUGUAUAGCGCAAGUAAACAUGGCGGCCGUUAGCCACCGGUGUACACACAGCACGAGCAGUUUGCUGUGUUUUAUAUCAUUUCUGUUAAUUGUUUCAUCAUUAGAUGGUGUGGACUGCUCUCCUGAGACGGGUGUGUCGACUGUGACAGUGCUAAAUACCUCAAGACCUUUAUUUUUUAAAAAGUCCAUGUACAAGGACACAGACAUUGCAUUGAGAGUGAAAUUCUUUGGUUGUCCAGAGGAAUUGACAUUUAACAUACAGUGGUAUUUGAAGUAUUACCCAUGUCACAAUCAAUACAACAAUGUGGAGGAACUGUAUGAUAAGACGCCUCAAAUUCGAGGUGCGAGUUUGGACCCGAUCCCUUUGGCACAGGGAGAAUAUGUUCAGCACAUAUACAGAGCAAUACCCUGCCACAGUGGCAUGCCCAGCUUUCCCAUGCUCAAUAAAUCCAAAGCAGUGCCUAAAGAAGUAAGGCCACCUGCAAUGGAUGGCGAGUUACAGGCAGAGAGUUUCACAAGUUCACCUGAUGCUGAGGCUGGCACCUAUAAAGCAAAGGAUAAUGUGAUUGCUACGACCUGGAGGGAUGGGCCCUACCUGCUUGUGGUCGCCGUUCAACAAAGCAAACAGGAUGUCAACUGGAAUUUAACCUUCAGCGUUGUGAUGAAGGGAACUCAUGGUUAUCUCUCCGUCACCGAAUGGCCUCUUAUGGUUUUCUAUAUGGUUAUGUGUGUGGUGUACAUACUGUAUGCUCUGCUGUGGUUCGUCUGGUCUUCCUGUUACUGGAAAGAUCUCCUAAGGAUCCAGUUCUGGAUCGCAGGCGUCAUCUUUUUAGGCAUGAUAGAGAAGGCUGUCUUCUGUGCCGAAUAUCAGAACACUAACAGCGUGGGCUCAGCAUCUCAAGGUCUGCUGAUCUUUGCUGAGCUUGUUUCUGCCCUGAAAAGGACACUCGCCCGUCUUCUGGUCAUCAUUGUCAGUCUGGGCUAUGGUAUUGUCAAGCCCCGUUUGGGUAUGGUCAUGCACAGAGUGGUGGGACUAGGCGUGCUGUACUUCGGCUUUGCCGCCAUCGAGGGCGUUUUGAGGAUCACGGGGGCUAAAGACUCUGAUUUGGCUUUGCUGGCCAACAUUCCUCUGGCUCUGCUUGAUUCCUCUCUGUGUUGGUGGAUAUUUGUCAGCCUGGCACAAACCAUUAAAACUCUAAAACUCAGAAGAAAUCCAGUGAAAUUGUCUCUGUACAGACACUUCACCAACACACUAAUCUUUGCCGUUCUUGCAUCCAUCAUUUUUAUGGUCUGGACCACAAAGAAGUUUCGGUUAGCAGACUGCCAAGCAGACUGGAUGGAGUUAUGGGUGGAUGAUGCUAUCUGGAGGUUCCUCUUCUCCAUCAUUCUCCUGGUCAUCAUGUUUCUGUGGAGGCCGUCUGCCAAUAACCAAAGGUAUGCAUUCACACCUCUCAUCGAUGACUCUGAUGACGAGGAGAUUGAAGAGUUCCUGGUGCCUGCAAAUCUAGCUGAUGGGAUCAAAUUAAGAGCAGCUAAGACAGAAACCAAUGGAACAGCAAAGCCAGCAACACCUAAUCCGGAUGAAGACUUGAAGUGGGUGGAGGAAAAUAUUCCCGCCUCUCUGACUGAUGUAGCUCUUCCUGUUCUUCUGGACUCAGAUGAGGAGAUCAUGACUACAAAGUAUGAAAUGUCUAAAAUGGAGUGAGUUUGAGCAAGCCUCCAGAGAUGAACCAAACCACAGUUCCCGUAACUGGCAUCAGACCCACACCAGAGAGCAAGCGUCAGACUCACGGACUGUUUUCUUCCUUUAGUCGGGAUGCUUGGUGGGUUUGUGGUGUUAAAGGAAUGAAUAAGACUGAAAGAGACGAUGUAUUCCAGCUAAUCUCACUGAACUGAACUUCAUGUGAGGUGUUACCUCUUAUUUUUUUCUGAACUUUAAAAAACGUCCAGCAGACAGAGCCGUAUAAAGAAACAUUUGUUUCUAAACUUCGCUCAUUGCAUACUUGUUAAAAUUGUAAGUGAUGAAAUAACGCAGUGAUAAGGUUAAAACAGUAUAAGCACAUGUUUGUUUUCAUUUUAUUUGUUUGUAAAUUGUCACAAAGUACAAAUACUGAUGAGGAACUUGAAUAACUAAAGUGUCUUUCCUUCAGUUGAAAUCCUGUUUUUGCUGUAUAUAAUGUGAUAUUUAUCUGUUUCAUAAUGGUCCAUCAUUAUGUCUAUAAUUUAAUGUGAAAAGUAGAAUGCUUGUAUGUGUGUUGGAUUUAUGUUUGCUUGUGCGUUUGUCCUCAAAUUCUGUAAAAUGGUCAUUUUGUUAUUUUAUUAAUUCAUUUUUAGGUAUGUUUUUGUUUGUACAGACAGAGCCCAGAUUAAGGUACAACAUUGAGAUGCAUGCGUUCUCUUAAGAGGACUAAUCUUUGAUCUGUAUAAUAAGGCAGAUGUACCUGUAUUACUCGUAAUCUUAACUGUAUUUUUUUUUUUU